GGAACCAUCGCACGCGUUUACCCGUUUCCACACGGAACUAUUAUUGUGGGUGACUCAUUAACGCUGCUACUGUCACUGCAUGCGAAUUAUGAUCAAUCUCAAACUUUCCGACAGUCAUCGAUUAUUGGAUAUUUACAGGGUUUCGUAUAUUUUUUAGAUGAUGAAUUUCUUCCGCAACCGUCUGGUGGUUUUGGGGCUGGUGUUGCUGGCCACCGUGCUGCUGUAUCUGCUGCUGCCCUCCAUGCGGCAGGGGAGCAUGGAACCGUCUCUGGAGGUGCAGCAGCGGAGGGGUCUGGCCGCCUCUCCUCCUCCGCCGCCGCCAAACAGCAUCAACAUCACGGUCAGGACCGGCCAGCUGCCCGGAGACCCGCCGCUCUUCUUCCGAGAGGCUCUGCCUGUGGACAGCGCUGGGCGACAGAUUGUGCCCAGGCUGCAGAUGGUGCUUCUUCAUGGUCAGGCCUUCACCUCUAAGACGUGGGAGGAGUUGGGCACCCUCAGCCUGCUGGCGUCCAAUGGGUACCAGGCCCUCGCUCUCGACCUGCCCGGUUUUGGGAAUUCUCCGGACUCUGAGUCUGCAAAGUCGGAUCAGAGCCGCGUGGACCUGCUAAAGCGUUUUCUGGAAUCUCUGGGCGUGCGAGCACCGGUGUUACUGAGCCCGUCUAUGAGCGGCCAUUACGCCUUGCCAUUCCUCCAGAAACACAGCGCCCAGCUGCAUGGCUUUGUGCCCAUCGCCCCCGUGGGCACCCGCGGCAUCACCCCACAGCAGUACCGCGACAUCCAGACUCCUACACUAAUCAUAUAUGGCGAGUUAGACACCAACCUGGGCGCCCAAUCUCAUAAGAACCUGAUUCAGCUGCCUCAUCACACCGUGGUGAAGCUGGCGGGUGCGCGGCACGCCUGUUACAUGGACAAACCCCGCGAGUUCCACCGCACUCUGCUCGACUUCCUCAGCAAACUCGAAUGAGGGACGGAGAGAGUGAGAACAGGUCAAACAAACACGUGAAAAAGACUUUGGAAGAGACUGGGGGAAGAAAAAGACAGACGCAAGACAAGAAAAUGAUGAACAGGACUGCGGUGUAGCUGUAAAACCAGUCCUGAAACGUAACACAACACCUGAACGUUCUACCAGCCAUCCACAUCUGCUCACUCCUUAUAAUUUCCCUGCGUGCACCAUCAAGAGAUUAGAUAUUAUAAUAUAUCAAAUAAACAAAACUUCUGCAGAA